AUGGCCCGCAAACCGAUCGCAGACCGCGUGGGUGCAACCCCGCCGCGACCAAGUUUAGUCUUCAGUGUGAAGAAUCAUCCGAAUGUGCCAGAUUUUCAGCAGUGUGUGUCCUUUGAAAAAUACCACCAAUCAGAUCACAGUAGAGUGAUGCUCAGGCGAUCGGACCAGAGACCACUGGCACGCGCUCGAAGAAGAACACUCCGUAUGACUGUUACUAUAGUGACUGUUUUCGCUUGCUGCUGGCUACCUUACGCUACCAUGACUUUAUGGUACAUGCUAGAUCGCAAGUCAGCAGUCCACGUGUCAGCAAGAGUCCAGGACCUGUUCUUCAUCAUGGCAGUCUCCAACUCCUGCAUGGAUCCUCUAGUCUACGGCUCCUAUAUCAUAGACCCUAGAACCUUUAAGAGGACGAUUAGGAAGAUCUUCUGCAUCCAUGUCAGCCCUUCAGAAAUACCAGGAAUUACCGGCCCUGACAUGAGGACAAAAGUGAGCAUUCGACAACCAAGCAGGGAAAUCACACAAUUGGAAAACAUCCGUCUAACAUGCGUUCGUCGUCACAAGGUGCGGUUCGAAGAGCUUUCAAUAGUCAGACCAAGUGUGAACUCAGAUCCUAUACCUCAUUGGUCAGAACAUUCUGCGGUUGACGAGCGAACAAUGAAGGCAUCCCGAAGCUGCGAAAUCUUUGUCCUUCACAGUCCGAAGAGGAACUUCAGAUAGCGAUCAAACACGCCUGGUUAUACCCAGGAAAGUAAAUUUUGAACUGACAAAAACUAAAAUUAAAACCUAUGUGAUGUCUAUUUUUGAAUUGUGCUCAGUGGUAAAUUAAAAAAACGGUUGUGAUAAAAAAAUAUAUAACUAUUUUUAAACGAAUGAAUAUUGUGACUAAGACAAUGAGGUUGGAAACUGAUUAGUUUUAAAAUUUUUAAUUAAGAAUGUGAAUUGUAAAUAGGAGAUUUCGGUUUUUGCUGGUCUGAUGGCACUAGGUGUUCAAUCAAGUAUUAUUGUUGAGAGGCGAUUUUUCAAUCAUCAGGUAAUUAUUAACUGUAGAAUAAAAUUUAAAGUUUUUAGUAUGGAAGUAUUGUCAAAUGUUCAUAGUUAUUUCCCAGUUAAAAUUUACGUGGCGUUGGAAAAAUCGGCCCUUAUUCAAAUUUUAACUGACCAAAAUAUUUUCACAUUCGUAAUUAUAUAUUCUUUAUGUAUGUUAGCGUAUGUUAAAAUAAUGUGAACAUUUCGGAUGCAAAAACACUGAUAGGUAAACAUUAGUUAAGCCAUAUUUCUUUAUUUUAUGUAUAAAGUUUCUAUUGAUAUCUAAGUCAGUCACUUCCAUUAAUUUAGAUUAGUAGACCAAAUGUAAAGAUGUGUGCCAAACUGUACUGUUUACGAUGCCAAAGUAGCUAUUUCCUUAAUCACCCUAAUAUUAUAGAUAUGAAAGUUUCUUUGAUUGGAUC